ACACUCUUUGUUCUCUUACCGCCAUCAUCUCGAGCGCUAGCAGCACCUUACACCUCCUCUACACUCAAACAAUCCUCUGAACAAUGUCUGGACGCGGAAAAGGUGGAAAGGGCUUGGGCAAGGGCGGUGCUAAGCGCCACCGCAAAAUCUUGCGCGACAACAUUCAGGGUAUCACGAAGCCUGCUAUUCGUCGUCUCGCACGUCGUGGCGGUGUGAAGCGUAUCUCUGGUCUCAUCUACGAAGAGACACGUGGUGUCCUCAAGAUUUUCCUCGAGAAUGUUAUUCGGGAUUCUGUCACAUACACUGAGCAUGCCAAGCGCAAAACUGUUACUGCUCUCGACGUCGUCUACGCCCUCAAGCGCUCAGGCCGUACGCUCUACGGUUUCGGCGCGUGAAUAUGUCCCGUCCUGUGUCGCCCCUCUUGUGUUUCGCUGGAAUUCUGUAACUGUUUCGUCUGCGUGUGUGCCCUCUUGUAUGAUAGAUAAUUCUUGCGACGAGCAAUUGACCUGAGAUGCGCUCAG